GGCUGUAGACUGGGGGAUGAUGGGAGUGUGGCUCUGUUUGAUCACUACGGCUUCAAUGGACAAGACUUCCUGUCCUUUGAGGUGGACACUAUGACCUGGAGAGCAAGUUCCCUACAGGCAGAGGACACUCAGAGGGACUGGAACCAGAACAGGGUUAAAAACCAGUAUAUCAGAGCCUUCCUAGAGAUUGACUGUAUGGAAACACUGAAGAGAUUCCUGGAGUUCAGAAAAAUAGACAAAAACCACACAGGUGAGACAGAGAAAACUCCCAGUGCAGUAUUAAUGUACUGGAGUGUCCAAUUCUGCAGCAUGUUUGAACUCUGA